AGUGGCAGCGAUUCCUCGGUGGCCGUGGGAGACGAGGACCAGAUCACGUACUCAUGGCACAACGUCAACGUCUACAGCAACCCGAGGGAGAGGGGCAGCAGGUCGCUCUUCAGCAGGAGAAAGCAGGAGUCCAGCGAGAAACACAUUCUUAAAGAUGUGACGGGCAUCUGUCGCCCCGGCGAGCUGCUGGCGAUCAUGGGGGCGUCUGGCGCGGGCAAGACGACACUGCUCAACGUCCUCACACACCGCAACAACGACAAGCUGCGCAUCGUCGGCGACCUGUUCGUCAACGGCCACCGAGUGGACCCCGACUCUCUCACCAGCCGCUCCGCCUACGUGCAGCAGGACGACCUCUUCAUCGGCAUGCUCACCGUCAGGGAGCAGCUAGUGUUCCAGGCUAUGCUGCGAAUGGACCGCCACCUGACGUACGACCAGCGAAUGGCUCGAGUGGACGAGGUCAUUAGUGAGCUUGGCCUGAUGAAGUGUGCCGAGACGAAGAUCGGUGUCCCGGGCAGAAUCAAGGGGGUUUCUGGGGGAGAGAUGAAGAGACUUGCCUUCGCUUGUGAGGUGCUGACGAACCCACCUCUCAUGUUCUGCGACGAGCCCACCUCCGGCCUGGACUCGUUCAUGGCCCAGAACGUGGUGGCCGUCAUGAAGAACAUGGCCGAGCGGGGCAAGACCAUCAUCUCCACCAUCCACCAGCCCAGCUCCGAGGUCUACGCCAUGUUCGACCGCGUCCUCCUCAUGGCCGAGGGGCGCGUCGCGUUCCUGGGCGAGGUCGACGCCGCCUACCAGUUCUUCAACAGGAUCGGGCUGCCGUGUCCGCCCAACUACAACCCGGCCGACUUCUUCAUCUCGACGCUAGCCAUCCAGCCGGGCAAGGAGGACAGCUGCCGGAAGGCCAUCGCCAUGAUCUGCGACGAGUUCGCCAAGUCCGAGGAGGGCAUCAACAUUGACAAGGCCGUCCUUGAGAACUCGAAGGACUCGGACGUAAACGGUUACAACAGCCUGGCAGACAUGGAAGUCAGGAAAUCUCCUUACAAGGCAUCGUGGUUCAAGCAGUUCCGAAGUGUGCUGUGGAGGUCGUGGCUUGAGGUCAUCAGGGAACCGAUGCUCAUCAAAGUCCGCUUCGCUCAGGUCAUGGCCAUCGCACUCCUCAUCGGCAUCAUCUACUUCGGCCAGACACUCACGCAGGAGGGAAUCACCAACAUCAACGGCGCCCUCUUCCUCCUCCUCACCAACAUGACUUUCCAAAACGUCUUCGGAGUCGUCAGUACUUUCUGCGCGCAACUCCCGAUCUUCCUCCGCGAGCAUUUCAACGGCAUGUACCGCACAGACGUCUAUUUCCUGUCGAAGAUGAUCGCCGAGAUGCCUUUUCACAUCAUCUACCCCUUCGCCUUCGUGGCCAUCGCCUACCAUAUGGUUGGCUUUACUGAUGACUACGUGAAUUUCUUCAUCUCCGCUGGGAUCGUUAUUCUGGUGGCCAACUGUGCGAUCUCCUUUGGUUACAUGAUUUCGUGCAUGUCGAAGAACCUGAGCGUUGCCCUUGCAAUUGCAGCGCCACUUAUCAUUCCUCUCAUGCUGUUUGGUGGAUUCUUCUUGAACAGCGGCUCAACCCCCAUCUACUUGACGUGGCUGAAGUACCUCUCCUGGUUCAGUUACGGGAACGAGGCUCUGCUCCUGAACCAGUGGCAGGGCGUCAAGUCCAUCCCCUGCAACACGAACCAGACCUGUUUCCCCAACGGCCAGGCAGUUCUCUCCUUCUUGCAUUACGAAAACGGGAGCAUCACAAUCAACGUGUUCUGUCUCAUCGCCCUCAUCGUUGGCUAUCGGAUCUUGGCGUUUUUGGCUCUGCUCGCCAAGACCUUUAGGAAACAGUAGUAGGUCGUUCUGCUUCGCCUCCGUUUCCCG